UGGGGGAGGGGGCAGAGGCGUUGUUAAUGAGAGGAAGACAAUUGGCGUGGCAGGUAAUUUCCUUGUCACACUCAUUUUGGGGAAGAAGAUCAUUUCUAGGCCUGAAUACGGAUACCGAAAGCGAAAAAGACAAUGAAGAAGACCUUUGUGUGUGAUGGAUCGAUGAUCAUUACCAUUCCAAUCGGGAGCCUGAGGGACACUGGAGAGGGUCAACUGAUGCCGGAGAAAUUUCAGUGUGUGUACAAAGAUUCCUACAAGAUCUUUGCUGUGAAGGGGAAGCCUAAACCUCUCGGAGCAGCUCAAGCCAUCACCGGGGUGUUCAUUCUCAUACUCGGACUAAGUUUUUUACACGAAGAAGUUUUCACAAUGGUCUACAUUCUACCCAGUGCUCUGUUUGUGGUCUCUGGCAUCCUGUCCUAUGCAGCUGGACAGUCUCCAAACAUCCACGUGACGAAGCUGUCAUUCGCUGUGAACAUCGUCAGCUUCUUCUGGUCAAUGACAGCAGUUAUUUUGUGCGCGGCCACGUUUCAUUUUUCACAUGGGGUGGAAUCGAAGAAUAUAAAGAUCCGUCAAGGACUCAAGGGACUAAUCAUGAGUCUGCUGGUUGUUGAACAGUUAGUCGCCGCUUUCUUGAUCUACUGGUUAAGUAAAGCUGUUUGCAGACCACAGUUCAACACUUUGCCCAUCAUACUGCUGAAACGAGGAGACUGAGGCUUGACGGAGCUCAACAAGCCAACGAGCGACUUUGGGUACUUUUUAAUCCUUGUCGUAUUAAAAGUGCAUAACAGCCAAACCCUUUCAUAUACACUUCAAUAUAAAACAUACAACGUGCCAAACUAGUAAAUGUUUGAAUGAGCCACCUCUCGGAUAAUGAUUAACCCUUGUUUUGUUUGUGUACAUCUCUUAUUAUUUAAUGAUUUGACAACAAAAGGUCAAGUGAUAAAAUAAUAAGGGGUUGGUGUUUCUGAUCUUCAAAUGACCCAAAUCCCAGAAAACGUGGGAUUGUCUCAGUCUAGCAAAUAUUUUUAAAACUUUUUGUAACCAGUGUUUGCUUUUUCAGUUCUCUAUGAAAAACUGUAUAUGUUUAUUUUGGGCAAAUAAAGAUGAAUAUUUCAUUUUUUUUA